GUUUGGGCAGCUGCUCUGAUAACAAGGACCUUUAUAAGUCAGAUGAGAGGAGAAGUCUCUCUGCAGACCCCUGAUCCUCAGAACGGUAAUCAUGCAUCUAAAAGUCGUGAUCUUCGCCCUGUCAUUCUUGACAACUUCAGCAUACCCACUCCAGCGUAACACCAGGGAGGCAACCUGGAUUGAUUCAAAGGCCAACCAGGCUCAUGACAAGACAGAGCUCACAAAGGAUGUGGAUAAAAUCUACAAGAGCCACAUCGACAGCAGUGACCUUUACGACACAGACGAUCACAGCACAAACCCUGUGGCGGUGGAGAUGCAACACAAACUCAACAUGGAGUCAGAGCGCCUGCGUACCCGUCUGCGCCAAGAGCUGACCGAGCUGCGGGAGAGGUUGUCUCCAUCGCCAGCCCACCUCAGCUCCACCUUGGCCAGCAUGAGAGAGCGCUUGGCUCCCCUUACCCAGCAGCUCCAGAGCUCUCUCAGCAGCAACACUCAAGACCUGUGUGGCCAGCUGAGCCUCUAUCUGCAGGGGCUGGAGACAGCAGAGGCUCAGGCAGAGGCCAGUCCUGCUCUGUACCAAGAAGCCUUCAAAUGGAUGAGCCAGACGCUGGAGCACAGCAGCUCCAAGGUGGCUGACCUCAUCAGCGACUUCCACACUAAAACCAUCGGGGUGAUCGAACAUCUGAAAGAGAUCAGUGCUAGUGAACAAGAGGCAGCCAAGUCUGAGCUCUGGCAGGACAUAAGCUCUAAGUUGGGACAGGAAGUGAGCUCUCUGAGGGGGGAGGCACAGAAUAGGGUAGGGGCUCUCAAAGCAGAGCUUGCUGCUCUGCUGGAAGCUGCAUGGCCAGGUGCGGCAGAAGUGAUGGCCAGUAUGGAGCGAUUUUGCCAAAAUGCAGCUCUGCAAAGCCAAGUGUUUCAGGCCCAGAUGGAGAGGCUGUUUCAGGGGCUGGAAGACAAACUGGAAAUCCAGGGAGACUUUCUUCUGUCUUCUUCUUCCUCCUCCUCGUCCAUGCAGCCAGGUGGCUCUUUGCAGGAGGACUUCUCAGCUAAACUCUCUGCUCUGAUCCAAGACAUUCUGCACUCAGUGUAGUGUCAAAGACAGGGGUUCAUUUGUACAAGAAACUACCAAAUAACUGCUGUCAUGACCCUUUAGAGUGGAUCAUUUGAGUUGUAUUCUUGUCCAUGCAUUUGUUGUUUGCCACUGUACUCACAGAGUAAGUAGCCUGUAAAUAUUUAUGAGUGUUUGGUUUUGAUUUAUGUUUCAUUCUGUCUGUGAAUAAGUGUGUAAAUGUAAAAAGUAUGCAUUCACUGAGCCCUGUAAAAAGAUGUUGCUUGUGGUGAGUAAAGUUAUUGAUGAUA